AUGCUAAACAAUAUAGUACACGAUUCUAAUUUCCAAAAUGAAUUUAAUGCAUUAUUACAUGAUAAAGAAUUCGAAAAACAGUUUAACGAAUUAGUUAGUGAUACAAAUUCAGAAUGGAACGAUUCCACUUCUCUACAUUCAUUGAGUUCGUACGAUGGAGGUGAUCUAACUCCGAUAGGUGGCUUCCCUGACUAUCCUCAAUCAUUCAAUUCAACCACAAAUAACCAAACUUUACAAACACAUUUUCCUUCUCACAAUUGUGAUGAAAAUAUAAACAAAACUUUUAUUUCAACAAUACCUACUCCACAAAAUACACAAGCAUUGUGCCAAAAACAAAAAGCAUAUGCCAACGUUCAGAAACUUUUAAAUGAAAUAAAAAAAGCCGAAAGUGCAGAAAAAAUGAUUGAGGUUUUGAAGUCUUAUGAAAAUGUUCAAGGUCUUUCUGAGUCACCUGAAAAAACACAAACAAAUGUACAAGUCCCUCCAAAUUCCAACAUCGAGCCGCAAGGACAUUCCGAAUUAGAAUCGCUAACACAGUCGCAGUUGCAGUUGCAGACGCAGUCGCAGUUGCAGACGCAGUCGCAAACGAAUCUUGUUAAGGAACCACCUACAGCCAGGAAAAAAAAAAAUAAACUAAAGUCCAUAUUCGGAGGUAUGUACAAAAUUAUUAAAAAGGUAGACAAAAAAUACGAAAAACAUUUGCUCAAACUUUUCACUACUAAUUAUACCCUUCUCAUUCAAAAUGGAAAAAUCACCAGAUUACAAUACUACCUCGACAUGUUGGUAUCCGUUGCACCACUCAUUUUUGGUGGUAUCAUUAUGUGCUGCGUUAUACACACUUUCUCAUUAUUCAGUAUCCUCCCUGUCGCCGUAGUCACCUCCCUUCUCCUUUUUUACUUCUUUUUCAAAUUAUUCAAAUGCAAAUACACGUACAAGAAGGAAUCAGCUAGAGCUCAUAUGCACCAAAAGUACAAUACCGAGGUCCAAGUUUUGAAGAAUUAA